UUUUAGUGGCAAGUCUAUUAUUGUCGUGUUCUUGCUCAGUCGUAGAAGUGAUUCAGUGUGAGGAGCGAUGCUUAUGUUGCUUGCCUGUUCUGGCGUAUAAAAUGAUGGUAAAUAACUUCACAGAGCGCAUUAGUCUAUUCCUUAACAAUGAAUAGAUUAUGCACUUAAAGUACACAAUGGGUGUCGGACGAACACAGAAGGGACAGCACAAACAUAUUGUUAAAAGAAAAUAUUUAUUACUCUUUUAAAGAUAGGCUAUAGUGUUUGUUUGUGUUGAUUGCUAAUCAUCAGCUCCAUGAACUACACCGUAAUGCAGCUGUGAUUAUUUGUACUCGGUACUUUCUAGAACAUGGGGGAAUAAAGAUCAAAUGCUUUAGAGCCAAAUAAAGUAGGACGUUAAAGUUUGCCCUAUCUCGCCCAGUCAUUUUAAAGGUUGUUUGCACUAUGGAAUGGCAAAUCUUCUCUUAAUAUCUUAGCCUGUACUUGCCUAUCCACAGUAUACUACAGGAAGUCUGCUACUCUGUCCAGUCUUGACACUGACAGGAGCCGAGAUGUUAGAGAACCUGAACCUCACCGCAUAGUUGGAGCCUAUAAUCGUGGCGUGACCAAAGUGGAAUACAAAGUCAGCUUUGUUCCGUUCAUAUAAUCCCUGUUAAAGAACCAACAGGGGAAGGUGAUCUGGAGUUCCCUGCUGCUACAUUGAUCAUGGAGAUUAUAGAGGCAGAGGACAGUGUGCGCAGGCAGGAACACUGGAAGCUGCUGUCGAGCCUCAAGACAACGGUGGAGGGGCUGCUGUCCACAAACAACCCCAACGUGUGGUCCCACUAUGGCGGACUGCAGCAGCUGCACAAGGACAUGAACAACAUCCUGAGCCACGGCCUGAAGCAGGAGCAGGUGUGCUGCAAACAGAAAGAUUACUGGCGCUUCGUUUGGUGUGUGCGCUACAUCAGUCCCCACCUGGCCUUUCAUGUUGAGCAGUUCAGCCAGUUGGAGCCAGUGCUGGCCUCUGGGGUCCAGAGCUCUGGGGAGGCAUACAAGGCUCAGCGUUGGCUUCUGCACAGCCUGCAGGAGCACUGUCUGUCUGCGCAGCUACGACCUCUGCUGUGCCAUCAGUCCCACACACGCAAGUACUACAGCGACGAGGCCUUUGUGCUCAGUGAACUGCAUGUCUCUCUCAUGCUGCAGUGCCUGGAGGCCGUGGAACAGAAGGAUCCUGGGCUGCUGGCCCUCGUGGACACGCUUAGGCUGUCUCACCUGAGGGGGGCAGCGUUGGGCCUGUUGAAGAGCCUGUGUCUGUUUCCCGGGGCCCCCCAGCUAUCUUCUGCCUCAUCUGUGUGUGUGUCAGACGGCUCUCUCUCAGGUGGGACAAAUGGGGCUCCCUGGGAGUUUGGGGGUGGGGAGCAGGAGACCCCUAGAAAAUCAGCCGUACCCCAGAUCUGGCUGACUGAGCCCAUAUCCCCUGUGGAGGACACCGGGGACCCAGGGGACCCUGCUGACCGUGAUCUGAAUGACGGGCUAAAGUACCUGUCCAUCAGCAACCUGGGCCACCGGGGGCAGAAGUCCCCUCGCAACACGGCCCGCAGACAGCACAAAGCCCCACCCCCACAGAGCCUCACAGCCCCGCCCCGCCCACGUAGCGCCUCCUACUCUGAAGGCCAAAGCGGGUCUGGACAGAGCCACAGGGGUCACACCCGCUCUGUGUCUGACACAGGCACACAGAAGCACAGCAACGAAGCAGCUGCAGAGGUGUGUAGUGUGAAACAACACUAUGGACCCUUUUCCCAGAACAGCGAUAUCAGUACCAGCUUGCUGUCCAUGACCUCAGAAGGCUCGCUGAGCAGCAGAAUGUCGGAUGCCAUGUUCUGUAGGCCGCUGGAAGGACAGAGCCUCCUCAGCUACCUGUCAGAGCUGGACUUUGGCAGCUGUGCAGACCUAGAGAAGGAGAAUGCCCACUUCAGCAUCUCUGAAUCGCUGAUCGCCGCCAUUGAGCUGCUGAAAUGCAGCCUGGAUGAAGGUGAGGAAGAUGAGAGAGAUGAGGAAGAUGCAGAAGAUGAGGACUGUGACUGCGGGAUCCAGCAGCUGCAGCCCCACACACAGAUGCACCACGCUUCCCUUCUUGCAGCCUUCCCUUCCACAGACAGUGGGGGUUCUGGGCCGAGCUCCCAGGAGUCCUUGCACCUGUUGCACCUGGGUUCAGCUGAGGAGGCGGAGCAGUGUGAGCUGACAGGUGCAGACAUCAAACACCACAUGACGUGCUUGAGCAGCAGGUCCUCCCUGAGCUCUGAGUCCAUCUCUUCCUCCCUGCAGUCCAACUCUGCCCAGUUUGUGGCCAUGGGGCUCCUGCGCCAGUUUGAGGGGGUGCAGCUGCCUGCUGCUCCUGAUCUGGACUGGCUGGUUCCAGAGCAUGAUGCUCCCCAGAAGCUCCUGCCCAUCUCAGACUCCAUGCCUGUUACCCCUGACGAUGGCGAGCGUGCUGAUGUGUGCACACUACAUAUUCGCAUGCGAGGGAAUCAGGAGUGGGCCCCGCCCCGACCUGAGGUCAUCUUAAACAUCCACCCCGCCCCCAAGCGGAAGGUGAUUGUGGCCAGGCAGAAGUACUUGUGUGCUGGCUGUGGGACCCCUACUGACCCAGGUUACAUAAAGAGACUGCGCUAUUGUGAGUACCUGGGCAGGUAUUUCUGUCAGUGCUGCCAUGAGAAUGCCCAGGUGGUGGUACCUGGACGGGUCCUCAGGAAGUGGGAUUUCACCAGGUAUCCUGUCAGUAACUUUGCCCGGGACCUGCUGAGUAAGAUCGCAGCAGACCCCCUCUUCAACCUCGCUGACAUCAACAGCAGCCUGUACAAGAGAGUCAAACGGCUGGAGGUGGUGCGGCUUGUGAGGGUACAGCUUUUCCACAUGAAGAACAUGUUGAAGACAUGCCGACUGGCGAAAGAGGUGUUAGAUGAGUUUGACUCUCUUCCGGAUCACCUGACAGAGGACCUACACCUCUUUUCCCUCAAUGAUCUUGGAGCUGUGCGCCAUGGAGAACUGGUCCCCCAGCUACGAGAGUUGUUGCGCUUGGGUUCCAUGCAUGUGGCUGCCUGUGAGCUGUGCCAGGCAAAAGGAUUUGUAUGUGAGUUCUGUGGCAAUGACAAAGACAUCAUAUUCCCCUUUGAACUGAAAAAGUGCCCGUGCUGUGAAGGUGAGCCCCCCCUGCUGGCUGGAGGACUAGGUGGCAUGGGGACAUGCUCAGCGCACUCCUGGAGAGACUGGAAGUUCCCACUGCCAGGAAGAUCAGCCAGGGCUAUGUCCCAGGAAGGAAAGGGGGGGCAGGAAGAGGAGGAUAGAAAAGAGGAGAAGGAAGAAAAAGGAAUUUACCAAAUUACCAAAUCCAUUUCUGUUGGUAAAGAAAAGGCAGAGGGGGGUAGCACUGCAGAGGAGGGACACAGUCAAACGGAACAAAGGAAAUCAUUUUUUGGUGGACUGGCUAAGGUGUUUUCCUGGGAUAGAAGAGGUGUUGGAGAGGAGGAAUUGGGGUUAGCCUUAGCAGAGGCAGGAGGUGUGAACCAGGCAGAAAUGAGAGAUGAGAGACAGGCGAAGUCACAGACUGAGAGAUGGAAUCACAGACUGGGAGGCGGAGUCACAGGCAGAGAGGCGGAGUCACAGACAGAGACAGCUGGCAGGACGACUGAUACAGAACAACAUCACAGAAUAGACAAACAAAAAUUAUUCAAAGUUCUGAAAGUGGGUGAACUGUCUAAAGUCUUUUCCAGGGAAAAAAAAAAGAACAAGCAAGAAAAAGAGGCUGAUAUCAGAGGACAUGAUGAGGUAGAAAUUGAAAGUGUGGAAGGGCCAGCCGAGGAAGGAGGAGGAGAGCUGGUGGAUGUUAGCAGGCUGGAUAAAGCUUUAUUUCUGGGUAAAAAUGUGGAAGUGGAGAAGGAGGAUUGCCAGUUAACGACUGGAGCAGAGGAGGAAGGGGUCACUAGUAAAAGUGUGGUCAGUAGAGAAUCAAGCUAUGGGAAGAUCUGGAAAGGCCCAAAACCAAUCAAACUCCAAAAGAUUUUUCUCAAAGAGAGGAGUGAGAGAGAAGGGGUGGGAUCUGUUGUUCAGAUGACAGCGGAAGAGGGACAGUAUGGAGAGGAGGAGGGGAGUGGGAAUGUGGAGCUAAUCAGGGGGGCGUCCAACUGGAGAUCUCAGAGAACUCGGAAAGCCAGAAGAAUGAAGAGUAGCAGAGCGAGGGACGUUUCUGAGGGUAAACCUGGAUCGAGGGAAGAAGAGGAUGGGGGGGUUGAAGAGGGAGGGAGAGAGGGGAGUUGAGAGGAUUUAGGAAUUCCUGAGGAGGAGGGUCAGACAUCAGACACCAGGCAGAAGACAGGAAGUGAAGGAUUAGGGAGGAAGUGAGAAAAGCUCAGUGCAGCUGAGGCUCAGCCUCUGAGCUCAGCCAAACUGGCAAGUGCAGAGAGUGAGAGACAUGAAAAGUGUUUUCACCAACCGAAAUCCAGUCUGAGAUUCCACCAACCAGAAACUGCACUCUAUGAUUCCACCAACCAGAAUCCACAGUCUGAGAUUCCACCAACCAGAAACUGCACUCUGUGAUUCCACCAACCAGAAUCCACAGUCUGAGAUUCCACCAACCAGAAACUGCACUCUGUGAUUCCACCAACCAGAAUCCACAGUCUGAGAUUCCACCAACCAGAAACCACACACUGUGAUUCCACCAACCAGAAACCACACACUGUGAUUCUACCAACCAGAAACCACACAUUGUGAUUCCACCAACCAGGAUCCACAGUUUGAGAUUCAUAAAAAUUUCUACCCCCCUGAAAGAGGGGGAAAGAGGUGGAGAAAAAAGGAGAGGGCAUAGGAUGGGUUAGAGGGUAGGGUUAAUGGUGGAUAGGGCGUAGGGUUAAUGUUAGGUGUGGGCAGGGUCUGAUUCAAGGGCAUAAAGUGUUGGAAAUUUUGACCCCUCAGUCCCCAAAGUGUUUGGGUCUCUGUUGGAGUUGGAAUCUGCGUAGUGUUGGGGCUCUCUGUUGGAGUUGGAAUCUGCUUAGUGUUGGGGAUCUCUGGAGUUGGAGUGGUGGGUAAUCUCAUGGUGCUGGACUUUGCUUCCUGGCUGGUUGGUUGGUUGGCUUUGUGGCUGAAGGAUUUUGCCUUGCUGUUGAAGACGGUGGGAGGUUUGUUCUGUUCUUUCUCUCUGUCUCUGACUGCAGUGUUCUGAUUCUGUGCUCAUCUGAAGCACAUCUGUAACACCUGUCCAAUUCCUGAACAUUACUGGCACUUUUAAAAGAAACAUCUAUUUUGACUAAUUUGAAUAAAACUCUUCAUUGCAUUGAUUGCACAUUUUAUUUUGUAAUAUUUUGUUGAAGAUUUUCAGGGAUUUACAGAAGUAAAUUCUGAGUUUCAAAACAUUUGAAAUACACAUUUUACCCAUGCCUGGUUAACUGUUGGUGCUUGAAUUACAAAUGGAAAGACAAUGGGAUGCUAAUGUAAAAACUGCCUGUCAGUCCAUUUAUUUGAAACAUGCUUGAGUACCAAAGGUAAUUAAUUGAUACAUAUCUCUUGUCUAAGUGUCUAAGAGUCUUGUUUCAUUGUACAAUGGUUUAAUGACUUCAGACUGACACCAUGGUUUUAACCAUUAAGAACCAGGAGACCGCUGUAUUUUGGUGGAGAUACCACAGCAUGGCUUUAUUAUUCUUGUGUGGAAAAAGUCAGUCUUUGUGCAAUUUAUGAAAUAAACCCAUCUGUGAUCUGCAAUUGCUUUGUGAUUAUUUGAA